AUGUCAGGUGCUGCUAUAGGAGUAGAAAAUAGAUGCUUGAUGAAGAAUAAGAACAAGAAUAAUAAUACUUGUGAACAUGUAAAUGUAGAUAUUAAUUAUAUAAUAAAAGAUAUUUAUGGAAAUAAAAAUUGUAAAAAAAGAUGUAUACAGUUUAUUGAAGAUGAUACAAUAUAUAGUGAUGAUAUAGAUUUUAGAAGAAUGAAAAAUAAAAAAAUAAAAGUAGAAAAUAUGUGGCAUAAAAGACAUGAUAGUAAUGACAUAAAUAAUAAUGAUGAUGAUAAUGAUGAUGAUAAUAAUGAUGUUAAUAAUAACGACAAUAAUAAUGACAAUAAUAGUGACAAUAAUAGUGACAAUAAUAAUGACAAUAAUAAUGACAAUAAUGAUAAUCAUGUUAAUACCUUUAAGAUAUAUAAUAAUUAUAAUGAGAAAUAUGAACAGUAUGAUAAUAUAGAUAAAGACAUUUAUCAUACAUGUUCCAUACAAUCACAAGAAAGAUCUUGUAUUGAUGAUUAUAAUAAUAAUAAAAAAAAAAAAUAUAGUAAUAACAUUAAUAAUAAUAAUAAUAAUAAUAAAAAUUAUUUUAUGAAUUAUCGAAUCAAUAAUGAGAAUAUAAAAAAUUGUAAUAAUAUAGAUAAUAAUGAUGAUACAAAUAAUAUUGAUAGUAAAUAUGAUACAAAUAAUAUUGAUAGUAAUGAUGAUACAAAUAAUAUUGAUAGUAAUAAUAAUAAAUAUAAUCAUGAAAAUCAUAAUUUUUAUCAUAAGAAAAGAAAUAAACAAGAUAUAUGUUUAAACCAAACAGAAGAUAAAUAUUUAUUAUCCAAAAAAACAGAAUCACUUGUUGAUACCAUAUUAUUUAAUAUCCAUUCAUGUAGUGAAAUGAAACAAGCUAAAAAAAUUAUGUUACCUUUAUUAAAUGAUUUUAUUCAAAAUAAUUUUUAUAAAUAUAUUAAUUUUUAUGAAGAUAAUGAAAAUUCAACAAAAAAAAAUAAUGUUGUAGAGACACUACAAAAAGAAAAAAAAGUUUUAAUCAGUGCAGUCAAAAUGCAAUAUCAAAAAAUAUUACAGUUACAAAAAUUAAUAGAAAAUCAAAAAACUGAUAUAAAAAAAAAAACAGAAGAAUUAAAUCAAAUCAAAGCAAAAGUACAUCAAUACUUUUAUGAUAUAAAUAAUCCAAAUAAUAGAGUCUUCUCAAUACUUUCUCCGGAUGUAUAUUAA